GUCAUGCUGUCCAACCGUGCAAUAAAGAAGAAGAAAGUAUGCUCGAGAAAGUUGUAAAUGGACCAAAGAAUGUUACAUUCAUUGGAACUACGAUAAAUAUUGGCGAUUUAUGGCGAGAACUGAGGGAUUUGAAAUGUAAAAGCGACGCAAGAUGGCGUUUUUAUUAUACAACAGUUGAUGGCUGGAGUCCUGACUGCAUUGAAAUGAAGCCUUCUGAGGAUUUUCUUGGAGUUUCGAGAGCCGAGUCGUCUAAGGACAGUAUGGAAACUUUAGUGCUGAGCAAAAUAGAAGGAGGAUCACCUGUGCGCUAUUGCCAACGGCUGAAAUAUACAGUGAGAAGUUUUCAGGCGCCCGUUGGAAGUUCUUCAGAUACUGAAACAGAAGCUGAACCAUCUGACUUCCUCCCCUCGAAUCGCAAAAAGACUUGUGAUAAAAAAUUCAGCUGUAAAUUGUGUGGCAUGGAGUAUCAGCGGAGCUUAAACCUGGUGCGUCACAUGCGGAUACACACGGGAGAAGCGCCGUACACCUGUGAACUCUGUGGAAAGGGCUUCCGUCGUCCAGACUGGCUUAAAUUACACCUCACCGUCCAUACGGGAGACAAACGUAAGCGCGUGAAGAGGUUCAGUUGCGAUCAGUGUGAGAAGAAAUUUACCUGCUCCACCGCACUCCAAAGUCAUUUAUACAAACACAGAGGCGAGAGGCCGUUCGCCUGCGCGUACUGCGACAAGUCGUUCUUCAGUCAGGCUGAUCUUACUCGCCACCACAGCGAUUCUCAUUCUGAAAAACAGUUCUGUUGCCCCCUGUGUGGAAUCGGAUUCUCACGGCGCUCGACACUGGAGAAACACACGCGGAUUCACACGGGAGAGAGGCCUUUCUCCUGUCCAGACUGUGGAAAGACUUUCCCUUAUCAAUAUUCAUUUGAUAUGCAUCGUAAAAUGCAUUCAGACAAAAGUUGAUGUGAUGCACAAUCAUGCAUAGGCUGUCACAUGAAUUUAUGAUAAUUAUGAUUUAAUUUAUGAUUUCAUGCACAAUGCCAAUAAAGAGCAUUUAUUAGGUUUUCUCAGUUGCUUAAAUAAUAAAUCAUGGGAAAAAAUU